UAUAUGUGUAUAUAUUAAUAUUACACAUAAUAAAUCACAACAUGCGGUUGCUGUGAGUUCAAGUCCAGCUCAUGCUCGCUUCUUCAGCGGCCGCACGUGGGAAGGUCUCCCAGUAACCUGCGGAUGGUUGUGGGUUAUCCCCGGGCUCUGCCUGGUUUCCUGCCACCAUGCUGCUGGUCGACGUCGUAUAAGUGAAAUAUUCUUGAAUGCGGCGUAAAACACCAAUCAAAUAAAUAAAUAAACUAAACACAAGAGUCACACCAUCCGUACCAUUAUUGUAGUCCUUUUCCAGGGAAAAUGGUUGUAUCAGGUACUUCUCCCCGACAAAGACCAAGUAAGUAACGAGGCAGCGAGGUAGCGAAUUGAAGUAGAAACAUUGUGAAACGAGGUAACGCAGUAGUGAAGAGAGGUAUCGAGGCAGUGAAGCAAGGUAAUGCGGUAGCGAAACGAGGUAACGAAGUAGUGAAGCGAGAUAACGCGGUAGUGAGGAAAGGUGACUCGACAGUGAAGCGAGGUAACGAGGUAGUGAAGCAAGGUAAUGCGGUAGCGAAGCGAGGUGACGAAGUAGUGAAGCGAGGUAACCCGGAAGUGAAGAAAGGUAACGCGGUAGUGAAGCGAGGUAACGCGGUAGUGAACCGAUUUAACGCGGUAAUGAAGCGAAGAAACGCGGUAGCAGGGUAAGAAUUAAUUAAUACUGCGAAUCAUUCGUAAAGGAACCAAGGAAACCAAGCAGUAAGCGUAGAUAAUUUGAUAUCUUAAGACAUUUGAUAUCCUUGGAGCCAUAAUUAUAACGGUAAGAGGAAUUUCGAGCAACGGUCAACACAAACCACCAAAGAACUUAGAAAGUAUAUAAAAUAAGAAACUUGGUCGGAUUGCAAAAAGAAAAAGACACAACAAAUGUUCUAGGUGCAUAAAUGAAAUUAGUAUCCAUAUCUUAUAAUAUGAUUAUUAGUUUUAAAGCCUUGUAACCCAGUGCAUCAUCUACAGCGACCCACGUACAGGUCGCCUGGACCAAAAGACACAAAACAUCAGACGUCAAUUCUCUAAAUAGGCCUGUUUGGCUGCUCCGAAAAAAACAGACAUUCAAAGUUACAUGGUUGCAUGUGACACUUGAUGCGAAUUAGGGAGUAUUUAGUGUACAUGAGUAUGAUUACACAAGGUGAAAUUUCGGCCUCUGAGUGUUGUUUAUUUUCUUUACCGAAGACAGAUUUUUAGGUGCACCGAGCUCCAUGCACAUGUAACAAAAUGAAAGUGCGCGGGAACUGUCGUGGGUAGAUUACAAUCUAUUAUCUCCCCUUAUCAUGUGACCUAUCUUCACAUGCCGUCCGAUCGGUGACAUCUCCCGCAUUAUAGACUUGGAUCUGACCGGAAAUUAACGAGCGAGGCCGUGUCACAGUUUCGUUUAAUCACUCUCACAAUUAUGGAUCAACUAAGACAGAAAGCCGGCUACGUCGAUGUCAAGUUUCCAUCUCGUUCCCGAGGCUUAAAAGUGAAGCCCUGGAAGAGACGGUGGGUGGUAGUGCAUCAGAUGAGUGAUCUGGCGGCACGACAGACUCUCGCCCGUGUAGACGUCUACGUGGACGAGGAAUCCGCUUCCAUCCCACACGCAGAGAAGACCACCAUCAUCUUGGAGAACAUCACUGCCGUGCGCCGGACGAAAUCCAAAACGCAUCCUUAUGCUUUUGAGAUCGUGGACAACCAGGUUCGCCUGAGCUUGUCCGGGUACGGUGAGGCAGACACGCAAAGCUGGAUGAUUCUUCUUCGCCACAUCCUCUGGCCCAGGCGCUCCUCUGUGCAACCGCCGACAGACGCCGUGGAGAUAUCCAUCAUCGAUAACCACGACUCUCACAACCUGCAAUUGUCCGGGAACUAUUGGCUGAGAGUGACGCCUGCCGCCCUAUCUUUGUUGGACCCAGUCGACUGUCACGUCAUGCACAGUUGGGGACUCAACAUCCUCAAGAGUUUCCAUCUUGCCAGGACACCUGACGACAGGGACAAAGAUCAGAUCCUCGUGAUACAAUCUGGACCAAUGGCCGAUUCCGGUGAAGGAGAUUAUUUACUUUUCUCGCCGAGAGCUCCUGAAAUUCUCGGACAAAUCAAAAGCUGCAUUCAACAGGCGCUGGCCAUUCGGCAGCAUUCGGCUACUCGGCAGAGAACAUGUUCCACAACCGGCAGUGUGCUGAACUACAAGAUCCUACUUGACCAACAUCAGUCUCAUGUGACCACUGAUGUCUAUCCCGAAGAAAUCGCUACAUGGAGUGAAGAGCCAGAACGGCCACUCCGAUCCACAGUACCUAAACAUCUGAUGGCAUCCCGGUCCACUUCGCUUCCGAAAAGCAUAGCCGGGCUUAAACUCGACGGUCAGCCAUUCUCACCCCCAAAACAUGUCAUUGAGACUCACCCUCGACGACUAACGGCUGGAGACCUAUCCACCUGUGACCCUGUGAACAAUCCAGUUCGCCCAACUCGAUCCAUGGAAAAUUUCUCCAAGUGCCACAGUCUUCCGGCUACCAACUUGAUCGUUGACAUGAUCAAGGAAGGACAGAAGGAUACUGAUGUCGUCAUUAGAGACAAAGACAGGACAGUGUCAGUGUCAUCCACCGUGUCCAGAGCGUCCGGUUCCAUUACAUCGCGUGAUUCCGGAAUCAUGUUUGGGACAGAUAACAAAAGUCAGAUUGAUGAAGAGCUCAACACCGAUGACGUCCUCCGAAACACCAGUAAUUCGUUUGACAGUGCUGUGUCAACUUCAUGCCCUGCAGAGGAAUCCAAACCAAGGGCGACAACCCUAGGGUGUGAUCCUAAAGACUCAUCGAGGAAUCAGCAUUAUGGAGGUAAUCUAAAUGAAAACUAUAGGACUGCUGAUGAGACUGCUGAGGAAAAAUUUAACAAUGAGGAAACCGUAACCUCUCCCAAGAAAAAAAUUUCGGUUGUUUCCAAUAUCUAUAUGGACAUUCCGUCAAGGAAAACUUCAGCGGCGUCUAACGAUUAUGCGGCUAUCCCCGCAGACAGCCUGGCUGAAACGUCUGUUCCAGUGGGUAGAAAACUUCAGCGGAGCUACUCAGCUGACAGGCUAAUGCGUGAAAAUGACUACGAGGAACUGGACAAUUUUAGAAAAGAUUUGCAAAAACACUUGGGGUUCAAGGCAGGUGUGAACAGUACAGACGAGCCGCCAGCUCUCCCUGACAGGCCAAGGUCCACACAGCUGGUCAGACGACACCAGAAGCAAACGUCCAGAAAAGCUCGGGCGUCUAAAGUGGCCAGCAUGUUCAUAAAAUCGAACAAGCUGGUUAGUUCUUCUUCUGAAGAGGACGACCUAAAUAAACUGAUUUCGCAGGUUUGUAAUUGGCCAUUGAACACACAAGGUCCUGUGGCCGAUGACAAUAACCUGUACAAAAGCAAUGCUGAUCAAGUUGUGUAUGACGAGAUUAACAAGUCUUACGAACGUCUGGAUGACAUUGUACCAGCGGACGUCGCUGUGCCCGAUCGGUUGGCCUCCCCUCCUCUCUUUGAUAUGAUCUCCAUGCCCCCGUUAUCUUCUCAGAUUUGUGGGGGUACCGUUGACCUUCUCACAGCGUCUCCAACGCGUCUGUCUCCUUUGUUACCACUGUCGCCCCUUCUCACACCAACCAAAGACAUCGUCGAUUCCAGUUGGACGACCGCUUCGACCUCACCCGGGAGAUCCAGUCUGUUGGUGGACAUUCCGGACCCCUCGUCCCGACGGCGGUCAAGCACACUGUCCUGUCCUUGCCAAGAUGUCCGCUGUAUUCAGACCGUAGAAGAAGAAGAGUUCGAGCGCACAUGUAGCCGAUCCUUCUCCGAGAUAUCGGAUCAUCUGUCCACCCACUGGAGUCCAAUUUCCAAGACUGAUCCCAGAACAAAUGACACUUACGAGUGUAUGUCAGGUACCCGGCCGUCAAAACCUGCGAUAAGCUACAAGUUUUUGUCGACCUGGGAAGAUUUCUCUACACUCGGAGUCAGCCAACGCGACACAGCUCAGCAAAACACAUGGGCUGACUUUUCAGUGUUUGGGAACAAUGGAUUCGCUAGUGCGCCGGAAACAAAUGGAAUGGAGACACAGACGCCGUCUAGAUGUUUUGUUUUGGAGACUGGAGAAGUAAAUCUCAUAAACUGGGAUGUGGUGGAGACGCCGUUAGCAGAUACUGACAACACGUACAUGGAUAUGACCUUGCGAAAGUCAUGAAACCUACACUAGUAUGGUCCAAUGCAGUUACAGGGUAAAUUGACUGGUUUUGACACAACAUAAUAAUACCAUGCUGUUAAAAGGCCUUAAACAGCUACCUGAAAUUAUCAUCAUAAUAUUAGGGUUGAUAUAUUUGAUAAUGAUUAGUUAAUACAUUGGUUAUAGGAAUGGUUAAUUUUCUCCACACAUAUGUUUUAAGCAUUUUCAAGAUGUUCUGCCCCUUUAUAAUAGAGACAAAUAUUUAUAUCACGCUACAGUCUUGUCCAACAGUAAAACUUGUCUCCUCAAAUGAGCACAUCAUAUAAUGUAUUUACUUUAAGUUGUGAAACCACACCACUGGAUAUUAACUGUACAUAUAACUUGACUGUGAUAUUAACACUGGAGGGCACUUACCGAAAAAUAAGUUGAACGCAAAAGAAUUUUCUUUUAUUGUGACGGAAAAUUCAUAAUUGUAAUAACAGGAUCUUAAUUCUUGCUUUUACUUUUUUGGAUCUCUCCAUAAUGACCAGCUGUAAAGCUGUUAACGUUCAGUUUGACACGUUGUAGUCAGUAUUUAUGUGGAAACCUUUACAAUGUUACACUACGUUUUCAUAACGUGUCCCUCCCACGUUUCCGUGCAAACUCAUUGCAAACUUUUCUGUCCAUAUGAUAUUAACAUGUAAAUAUAAAACUGUAGUUCUGUACAUUGCCUAUUAUUAGUUAAUAUAACGUGACUGUUCAGCGUCAGGUACACGUAUGUAUUUUGCCCAUGUGAAUAAAUAAAAACGAUUCAUACCAUGAAUGUUUGUCAUCGAAAAAUAGCGAGACAGUCUUGACCUUCGCAGCCUGUACUUAGGCUUAGCCUCACCGCUCGUGUCCUCGUGCGGAGCUAUUUAAUCAGCAUUCAUCAAUAAAAUUGUUUCAGGUGUUGGUUGGAAACAUGGUGUACAUCAUUUAGAUAACGGGAAUGCAUAUUUAUAAAAUAUUACUGGAAGCAAAAGGUUGAGACAGUUUUUAUGUUUUUUGACAUCACUUUCUGUCUCAUCACCGUGACCCCAGUGACCUAAGAUCUCUCUUAGCGUACUUCAAGAUCUCUGUAUAAAAUUUCUUAAUUGUUGUGGUAUACGCUGUAAGGACUAUGAUCU